AUGUUCCUCGCCCGAGAUGCGAAUGCGACUUCAUCGUACUCCACACAAGACCAUGGCCCGUCGAUCGUUGAGGCAUCAUGGAUCUUGAUGGGUAUUGCAACAAUUGUGAUGGCUGCAAGAUUCUAUGUACGAGCACGACUGGUCAAGAGAAUAUCAAUUGAUGACUGGCUAAUGUUAUUCAGCUAUAUUCUAACAAUAAUAGCUACCAUCUGCUUCACCAUCUCUGUACACUUCGGCUUAGGGAAACACGAGGAACUUCUGACUCCCGCAGGGUCGGUUGAGGCUGUUAAGUGGAAUUUUAUAGGCCAAAUCAUUGGCAUCGUGAGCGCCACGUGCUCGAGAUUAUCUUUCUGCAUGAUGCUCUUUGUUGUCACAUCAGUCACGAAACAGACGAGACAGCAACGCAUAUCACGAAUCUUGCUUUGGUCCGUCGCUUUGGUUCAGCUGCUAGUCAAUGUUGGGCUUGUGAUAUUUCUUCUUACUCAAUGCGACCCGCUCAAGAAAUUAUGGGACCGCACAGUCAGCGGAACCUGUCUUCCUCUAGAUAAUCAAGAGCAUUUUGCAUUCGUCCAAGGCUCUGUCAACUCUGCGACAGAUCUUGCAUUGGCUAUUUUCCCCGCCACCAUCAUCUGGAACCUAAAAUUGAAGCUUGCGAUCAAGAUUUCGUUGAUUAUCACCAUGGGUCUUGGUUUCUUUACUAUGAUCGCUGCAAUUGUCAAGACCGUACACCUCAACAGUAUCGCACAUUUAACAGACUUUUCAUACGAAACAUCGUAUCUCAUCAUUUGGUUCUCUCUUGAAAUGUGGUUUCUCAUCAUCACCGCCAGUAUCCCUACUCUUCGCCCUCUUCUAUGCAGGACUUCCCGUUCCUCGUAUGGCAGCAAAACCAUCAGUGGCACCAUUAUACCAGGAUCGAAAGCUGCAGCAGCGUGGAAUCGAAGCAGAAACUUCACCAACAUGCAAUCCGAGUUCAAAGAGCUUACAAACAGCCCCAUCACCUCGCCAAAUAUUCAAGGCGAUUAUUAUUACGGCAGAUACGAGCCUCCGAUGGCAGAAAGAACAGAAAGAAUAGCAGUUGGCAUGGACGAUGGAAGUCCUGCCGGGAUCAGAAGGCCCGUUUUCUUGGAAGUUAGCGUUUGA